CCUGAAGGGAUAUAGCACAGUGAAGGAAGUUCGAACGAUUACUAUGAAUGUUAGGAUCAUUGCGUAUUACCAAAUGAUGCAAGUUUGUCAGGCUGAGUACUUCCGCCAAUUGCUUAAACCUGUUACGUAGUUACAGAGAUUACGUAGCUCCACGACACACAAAGUGACUGCCCUUUUUGCUUUAUUCAGUCAUUAAUUGGGAAGCAGUUGAAAGUUGAAAGUAUUUGUUUAUGGUGGCUGUUAAUUGAGAUGGACAGCUACGUUGGAUGAUGGCAACAGCAUAACUACCACUUACCUUCUGCUUGAUACCAUUUUCACUGGGCAGGCCUCCUGAUACCUUAGGAAAUCUCUCAUCCACUGUAAACCAAACAAAUCCUUACUUAAGGCCAUCUCUGCACCCAUAUAUUUUUACAGCAUUUGAGCUUUUAGAAAAAUUGCUCAUGCAGAGUGACCAACAAAUUUACCAUCAAAAGGUGGUGCCUCCUCUUGCAUAUCAAUUUGGUGGUAAUUGUAUGUAUAAUGGUUCUAUGGCCCCAGGCUUGGGUGUAACUCUACCAGGAGCAACAAAGCAUUCAUCACCCCUUAAUGGGGUUGAACUGCAGCCUUUUGAAGUCUGUCCCAAGAACUACAUCAUCUUUGACCAGACUGAUAACAGAAGCCGUGUCAUGUUUCAUCCUGCUCUCGCCCAGAAAUUCAGUUGCGCUGGUUUUGAUAUCCAACACAUUGAAAAUGAACGGGGAAAGAAUGAUGAGGACAAGGGAAACAGAGGCUCCUCUUCUUCCUUGAAAGAAGACACAGAGGACAUUGACAUAUUGUUGAGUUUGGAACAGGAAGAAGAAGAUGGGGACGAGGUUAGCACAGCACAAACUGUUGGCAGCUGUGGGAGCAGUUCCUCAGAUUCAUGCUCAAACUAUGGUUCAAAACCAAGCAAGCAGAGACUGUCUUUUGUUCAGAAGUUGUGCUCUGGCGGCAGCAACAGAAGCACCGGUUGCAAAGGUGAAAGAAAACGGUUAAGGAUGAAGAAGAUGGUAAAAGCACUGCGGGGAAUUGUACUAGGUGGUGACCAGAUGAGUACAGUUGCUGUUCUUGACGAGGCUGUCAGAUACCUCCAGUCUCUGAAGGUGGAAGUGAACAAGCUUGGUCUAGAGGAUUUGAAGAUGUGAAAAAUGACAUGGUAACAAAUAUUGGACUCUCCCUUUAUCUAUUACAAUUAUGAAUAAUCACUGUAUUAAUUUAGGUGUGAUAACUCUCUCUCUCUCUCUCUCUCUCUCUAGUAUCUUUAACAGCAUGGGU